AUGAAAUACCAAGCACAUUCACAGUCAACAACAUCAAUCCAUUUUCUCAACAAAGACCAAGGAAUUGUCAGUACAUCUGCUGAUGGAACUCUUGUGAUUCGUGAUUUAAUAAAAAAUGAAAAUAAAGGAAAAUUUGUUGCUCAAAAAGGAGGAAUUAAUGACAGUAGUGUGUUGGAUGAAACAACUAUAUUUGUUGUUGGGGAAGAUGAUAGUUUAUGGCAAGUAGAUACAAGAGCUCCUUCAUUAAUAAAGAAAAUACAAAUUAAUCCAAAUUCAUCUCAUCUCUGUGUUUCAUGUUCUAGUUGUAAACGUGUAGCAGUUUCAACAAACAAUUUAAUUAAUUUAUACGAUCCGACAGCUGAUAAAAUAAUUAAUAUUAAUCAACCCGUUCACUCAAACACUAUUACUUCAUUAUGUUUUAGUGGUGUUUUAUUACAAAGUUCUUCACUUGAUGGUACAAUAGUUCGUACCUUUGAAGAUUCUAUAAAAACUCGUCUUCCAGUCUCUUAUUCACCAGUUUUGUAUUCAGAUUUCCCUCAUUGGGAUAUCUCCAUUGGUGGAUUUGCUGAUGGAAAUAUUGUAUUAUAUAAAAUGAAUAAUAUCAUUCAAACAUGGAAAGGUUAUCAGCCUAAUGGAAGAAUAGUUCCAAUUAAACCAUUUGAUAAAGACUUUCAAAAAUUUGUUUCUGGAAGUGAUGAUGGAACAAUUAAAAUAUAUUCUGUUGGAAAUGAAGAACCACAACAAAUUCAAAAAGAGUUAACAGGUUCAAUAACAUCAAUAGAUUGUAAUGACACUCAUAUUGUUAUUGGAGGAGUUGAUCCAUUUAUAUCUUUUAUACCAAAAUCUUCUUUAAAUUGA